GGGCUGCCACUCCUACGGAUUUUACCGUAGGCUACGGUAAAAUGGCCUUCAUACUUGCCUACGGAUUCCGUAGGCCAUUCCUACGGAUAAAUGCAGCACUGAGCAAACACAUACUCGAUGAUCACAUGGCAUUUAGUUGUAGGUCUUCCGAAGUCACUCAACGUCGUGCUAUCGAACCGUGGUGUGUACUGUACGUAAAUUUGUAUGUCUAACUUACCUAGUACAAUGUACAAACAGUACGAACGUCGAUUUCUUUUGCAGUAGUCUAACAGUUCCGGGAUGUUCGGGGAUGUGAGGUAGUCUCGCGUAGCCAGACCUUUCACUACUUGUCAGGCGCCUAGCGCCUGAGGUGAAAGCCUGGCCACGCGAGGCUAGAUGCGGGCAGCGUAUCCGGGAUAGAUCCGAUCGUGCAUCAUGAAACGAUGGCUACAGGCCUACAAGAAGGAGUGGGAGAGCGAUCCUGUAUGCUCUGGUUGGUUAACAGAGUCGAAGAGAAGUGCAGGCAUGGCCUUCUGCAGUCUGUGCACUAAGGACCUCAGCUACAAGACUGGCGGUCUUAGGACCUUGCGUACCCACGCAACCUCGCGGGAGCACGUUGCAAGAGUACAACAAAAAAAUUCUGGAUGGAAAGGCACUAUCAAGGCCAGCUUUGCUCCAAAGCAAGAGAACGCUGUUUCGGUAGCUGCAACAAACGCCGUCCUAAAAUUGGCAUUCUUCUUUGCUGAGCAUGACGUAGCUCUUGCAGUGUCUGAUCAUCUGACUCCACUGCUUCCAAUCCUUUUCCCGGAUUCUAAGAUUGCUUCAGCCGUUUCUGCCGGGCGCACCAAAAUGACUGCAGCCGUGCACACCGUUGCUGAUAGCAUGCACGCACAUCUCGUUUCCCAGAUGAAAAUUGGAUUUUUCAGCAUCGUUCCUGAUGAAUCUACUGAUAUAUCAGUGUUUGAACAGGUGGCAGUAUCAGCUCGCGUGAUCGACACUACAGAUGGAUUGGUGAAGUCCUAUAGUUUGGGCAUUAAACCAGUCCCGUCAGCGUCUGCUACCAACAUUUUCGGCAAGAUUGAAGAAAUGUUCAAAGAUGAUGGUAUUCCAUGGAGAAACAUGAUCGCUUAUGGAUCAGAUGGGGCCAACGUCAUGCGUGGAUCAAAGAAUUCUGUUUUGACUAGGCUCAAGAACGUUCAACCUUACCUGUAUUCUAUUCACUGCACAUGUCAUCAGCUCCACCUUUGUGCUCAGGGUGCUUCUAAAUGCAUACCACCCAUAGUAGAAGACUUCGCUAGGAAUGUGGCAUACUUUUUUGAGAAAAGUGCAAAACGUGUCGCGAGAUACAAAGAGUUUCAGGCAGCUGCAAACGUUCCUUCACACAAGCUCAUAAAACCGUCCUCUACAAGAUGGCUCAGCUUGCAUCAAAGUGUAUCAAGAGUCUUGGAGCAGUGGGACGCUCUUGAACAGUACUUCACCCAAGACAACGAUGUAAGGAACGUUUCAAAAGUAAAGGAGUGGGUUGAAUUGAUGGCAGCCAAGUCCACUAAAGCCUACCUAUACUUUCUGAAGGAAGUCUUACCUAUUUUUACAACAGUGAACUGCCGCUAUCAGACAAGCAAUGUUAUGAUUCACAAACUGUAUGAUGACCAGCGACAACUUCUGAAGAUACUUCUUCUCAACUGCAUCAAGCAGUCAAGCAUAAGCCAAACCACUGAUUGCCUUACCCUUGACCUAGACAAUGAGGCACUGUGGAUUGAUGUGAUAGAUUUGGUUAUCAGCAAGGACUGCGAGGCUAUUGUGGCAGAUAUGUCUCAUUUUGAAAGGAGCGCUUUCCUGACUGUAUGUCGAGAUUUUUAUCUUGUGGCAGCAAAAGAGGUCAAACGUCGAUUGCCUCUGUCAUGCCCUGUUCUAUCUGCUCUCCGGUUUCUAUGCCCCGAAAGAGGCAAGGAACGCUCAGCAAGAGAAAUUGGCCACCUAGCUAGCCAAUUCUCGAAUGUUGUCCUCCCAGAGAAUAUUACCAAGCUGCAGCGGGAGUGGCAGCGCUAUCAGACCGAGAGCACUUCUAGUCGAAGUUCAUUACCUCUGGCUAUAGACAAACACUGGCAUGAAUUGAUUAAAAGGUCAGAUGCCUCUGGCUGCCAGGAAUUUCCUCUUUUAUCUUGUUUUGCAUCAGCUAUGCUAGUUAUACCACAUUCUAGUGCAGAUAUCGAACGAAAUUUUUCAAACAUGGGCAGCGACAAAUCCAAUACCCGCAACAGUAUCGGUACGCCCUUGCUUAACAGCUUGAUGACAAUUGGUUGCAAUAAAGGUCAAAUGACGUGCUUAACGUUUACACCCACGCCAUCGAUGAGACGGGAGCUGCCACAACAUGUGGCUAAGGCAGCUGGUCGUGCCAAGAAUACCAAGUCCGCUGCAACAAAUAGGAGCACUGGAGUAAAUCAAGAAGCAGCUUGUGCAAAGACACCCGUCCUAGUGUGUCAAUCUGAAUCAUCUGCACACAACCCAUGCCCAAUGCAAGAUUUGAAAGAACCUGUUAUUCAAUUCCAGACAAAACGCAGAUCUAGUUCAGUUACAAAGCAUCCUCCUUUCUCACGCAAGCGUCCAAGUACUUCUGCUAUCCACACCCAUCCUGCCACAACGGCCAGCAAAAUGAGCAAACGAGGUGAUACUCCAACAGCCCAUAAUGCAAGUAGUCCGAAAGUUAAUGCAUUUGAGUUUCUUCAAUCACAGUUACUUCACCACAAUGAGAAUCUAGACUCUAAAGAGAUAUGGACAUACCGGGGUUCAGAAUACCUAUUAGCACCUUCGCUCUGCCAGUCUCGUAUUGAUGGACGUGAUGGCAGCAAUGCUUGCACUGUCAUAGCAGCUCAAGUGUGUCAGCUGAUUCUUUUGCAGAAAGACUCGUUUUUACUACCGCCUGAAACCUCUUUCCUAGAAGAGACUCUUGUCAACGCUAUGAGGGCAGGAAAUGCUACGUACGAUCAGAUGGGCUUGAAGGGGUUUCUGAGUGCAUACGAUGUUGUAAGCAUGGAACCCUCGCCCACCCUUCUAGCUUCGGAGGAUUAUUUCAUACGACCGGGAUGUUGGCAGGGGCUAGUAGAUUUUGUCUCCGGCAGGCUACGUUCUUUCACUGAUGACAAAGUGGUGGCUGGCGUGCUAGUUGUAUCACCUUAUUCAUUUGCAGUGUGCUACCUGCAGGAACACAGCUUGUUCAUUGUGUUUGACAGCCAUUCACAUGGUAACGCAGGUGGCUUGAUUGGCAGAGUGCCAAAGAAUUUUGCUGCUAAAUACUUUGAAGAGUUCCUUGGUCGCCACUAUGCACACCUAGAAUUUGUUCCUUCUAGUAGCAACAAAGUAGCGCAAUUUACAAGCUUAAUCGUUAAGGAUUUGUGGUAAAUAAAACUUUCUGCUGUUCUUUAGUUCUAACAGUUAUGGAUAUAUAGUAAAUAACUGUUGCUGCUGUUCUGCAAUUACGCGUAGUAGCAUUUCAUUA